CCCAAUGAUACACGCGCCGUCGGAAAAGGGUGACCCAAAUGGCACGAGCUCUAGCUCCGCGUUCCAGACGGAACUCUAGUAGCAGCUAUCGUUCCGUCUGGAACGCUAGCCACACCGUACGUCCAAAUCGCCGCCUUCCCUAGGUUCACAGGGGCGAGAGAGGAGGGUGGGGGAGAAGGUUAGGCAUAUCCAUUUCAGUGCUCUGUCUGGACGUAACGCUAGCCACAGCGUUGGACGUAACGCUAGACACCUCUUUUUUUUACUUUUUUUUUGUAGGGCAUUUGACAAUAUUUACAGUAAGCUCUCCACGUCGUGCGUAUGGCCAUUUCCGGUCAACGUGCACGAGCUCGUGCCUAUAGCCUUUACUCUUCAUUGAAUAGGACUGAUUUGAGCCAGCACAUAUGAGAACUGAAAAGAAGCUAAGUGCCUCUGGAGCUGAUUUACUAACUAUAUAAAAAUAUUUUUGGGUUAGAUAUAUGUGAAGCUAGUCCAUGCGCAUACAUUUUACAGAUGCUGGAUUUGGUAUUUGAAGAAUACACUGACCUUGCUGCGGACGACGAAAUACAUGACAUGGCUAAAAUCACUCUCCUGCCCAUUGUAACUGUCCCAGAGGGUGGGCCAGGCUCAUCUUCCACUCAGGUUCCCAUCUCAGCACUUUUACUCCAAGGUCACUCAGCUACUAACUGACAAGUACCCUCAGCUCCAAGAUGUUAUAGGAACUGGAUCAGACUCGUGGAGAGUAGCACUGCGGUACAAGUUCAAAAAUGAAAGACGUCGCCUUUCAGACGACGUCCGGGUUGCUGAAAACCGUGCAAAAUUUGGAUCAAAAAGACCAAAUGAUGGAGGUGCAGCCACACAGCUGAAGCGGCAAAAAAAGAUUAAGCUGAACAUCACUGCUUCGGCUUUGGCUGGAGAGGACGAAGCCAGCCUGAUCGCCCAUGAGGAAUGGCUUAUACGAGAAGGACGAAAGGCAGCUCCUGAUGAAAAAGGAAUCCAUGAAAGGAUGACUCUCACUGCGAGGAAGAGGCUCUCUGACAUGGCACAAAUGGGCAUUGAUGCUGUUAGGACAAGGUACCCAUACCUGAUGGACUCUCAGCGAUUCGCUAAAGAUUUCGAGAGGCUCACGAAGAUGAACCUGGCCGACAAAGUCGCAAAAGGGAUUGACAAGAUCGUUCUGUUGGCCACAAAGAAGGCGAUCGACUGCCAGGAGCAUGUCCUACUUACACUGCAAGCAGCACCGCACAUGGAUCUGGGGAGGCUCAGGACACGGCACAUCCUGACUGUUGCAACUCUGCGCAUUUUGGCACUGAACGUCAAGGAGUCAACAUCACUGCCCCUAAUGUUCGUGCAAGAAGAUGAUGAAAACAUCCCACCGACACCGUGUGUCCUGUACAGCGGGCAAGACUUAGAGGAUGCAGACUUCUUUCACCUGGUUGUUGAUCGUGAGAGGUUGUUCUCCGUUCCAAAUGCCGAGGAGGGGCUGUGUAUGUUGUUGGCAGCCUAUUGGUUGUUCAGUAUACAAUAUGAACGGAAGGCCUUCAACAUGCUCGUCACUCUGGAGAGGCUUUUUCUCGGCAUGAGCCACACAACUCCAAGGGCAGUGGUAAUUAAAUUUUUAAACAAAGUUUGCAGGCACGUGCAUGGUUGAAGCAAUGAUUUGUGCUUCAACCACACGCGCAUUAACUGCUUCGUUACGGUUCAGUUUGAGCUUUUUCUUUUUUUUUUUUUUUUUUUACGGUGUUAGUUUGCAGGCUCUGUAAAAAUGGAUGUCCACCCACGGGACAGUGGGGCUUUACAGUUCAAGUAAGGAAAAUGAACACAUAUUUUAUUCAACAUUUUAUAAGUUAAUUUUUACAAAAUAGGUUUUGGGAAGAAUAGCAAAA